AUGGUUGGGAUGAUUCACAAUAAUUUGCCAGUGUUUAAUGGUAAAGGUUACGACGAUUGGUGCGUUAAGAUGGACGUUAUUUUGGGUUUCCAAGAAGUGGAUGAAAUUGUCAAGAAAGGUUUCAAAGAACCAUCAAAGGGUGAUUCAGAAGAGGCCAACACGGCAAAGGAAGUGUGGGAUAUACUGCAAGAGGGCUACGACAACUCUGGAAAGGUCAAGAAGAUCAAGUGGCAAUCUCUACAAAGGCAGUAUGAACUCCUAAGCAUGAGAGAGAAAGAAACGGUAGUGGAGGACGUUGGAAGAAUUCAAGUUGUGGUGAAUACUAUGAGGGCAUGUGAUAAAGUUGUGAAGGACAAGAAGAUUGUCGAGAAGAUACUUCGAACUUUAACACAACAGUACGAUCACAUCGUGGUAGCCAUAGAAGAAUGCAAAGAUCUUGAGACCAUGCGGGUGGAAGAAUUACAGAAUUCUCUGGAGGCGUAUGAGCAGAGAUUGGUUGAAAGGAAGAAUGCAGAAAAGGCAUUGGUUGAAGGCACAAAUCAAGCCUUGCAAGCUAGAAAUAAUCAAAGCUUCAAGGGUCGUAGAGUUGGAAGAGGCAGAGGAUGGACACGUAGUGGCCAAACGGGCGGUAGAAAUACAAACUCUUCUGAUCAACACGUGAAAGUUAAUGGUAGUGAGCAAGGAGAGGGAAACAAGAGAGAUGGAAGACAAUCAAGAGGCAGAGGCAGAAAGAGUUUUAACAAGAAAAACGUUCAAUGUUACACGUGCAACAAGUUUGGGCAUUACUCUGCGGAGUGCUGGCACAACGAAGCGGCAAAGAACAUCAAGAAUGAUGAGGCAGCAAAUCUUGCUAAAGAUACAGGUGAUUCAGAGUUUGAGCAUGUUCUUUUGAUAAGCACAACUGAACGGUUGUUGCCUUUUAUCCGAACGGAUAUUGAUGAAGAAACCAAACAAUCUUCAAAUGCGGAUGAUGAAGAAACCGAACGUUCCUCAAAUGUAGCGGAUGAUGAAGAAACCGAACGUUCUUCAAAUGUAGUGGAUAAUGAAGAAACCAAACGGUCUUCAAAUGCAACGGAUAAUGAAGAAACCGAACAAUUGUUAUCUUCAAACUGA